UCGCCGGCAGGCGGGCACAGUGUAAAGAGAAAAGCAAUCUCGAUGCAAUUUAGCGAAGCAAAGCUGCCGGUAACGUGCGAAUUAAAAGAUGAACAAACGCUGACAGGCUUUAGACGCCACUACUAAAGAUCUUAGUAUAAUUUUACGAUGCUCACAUUCAUGAGAAAAUAGCGUAGAGCGUUAAAACUCAGUGAUUAUGUUUGAAAACAGACGGAAUUGGAAUUCGCGUAGCCUACCUGUGUGGAAAGAUGUAACGUUAACUCAAAAACAUAGACCUGUGAUUGACAGCAUCUUAUUCUUGGUCUUUUAAACCGUCGACUAGCAUGUCAAGCGACAUAAGCCUGCACGAGCUGCUGGAUCUCUCCAUAGGGACUCCAGACGCCGGAUCUGUAAACUUCGGCGCGCUGCACACUUUACUGCACGCCCUCCUGGGACACCUGAAGAUUGAGAGGGUCACAACUACCUGGAAGGAGGUGGACCACGACCAUGACAGCCCAGCCCAGACCAAAGCCUUGCUGCUGGACUCUUCGAGGCCGUACCGGGCGCUGGAGGAGAAGUUGCUGCGGAUGGAGGAGCAGAUGUGCGCGCUGGAGGCUCUGCCCAGCGCCGCGGAGCUCAUGAGGUCCGACACCGCGCUCAGUGACAUGUGGACGCUCAUGCAGCUCCGCAGAAAGACGCAGGCCAACGAGGACGGGGUGUCCAAGUGUAUGGCCUUAAUCCAAGACCUGCUGAAGGAAAUCCAGGAACUCAAAGAGUCCAGAGACGAUCUGAGACUGGAAGUUGAUGCUCUGAACGAUCAGAUCAGCCAGCUGAACAUGAAUGAGUUGUUAGACCGUAUCAUUGCUAUGGAGCAGUAUUGCCACCAAGUGGAAGAUUUGGACAACACUACGAAAGAGCUGAAGGACAAGAUGGCCCAGUACCCCGUUCCAGAGGAGCUCACGCAGUGUGUCACAUGGGAAGUGAUGCAGGCUGCGCUCAUGAGCGAGAGGGAGAAGAUUCAGGAGGCACGUCCAGCUGGGUUGCAGGACACCCUCUCCGCCGCUAAAAACAUUGCACCCGUUCACCCUUUGAACCUGGGUAUCCCGUUCAAAGAUGACAGAGCGGGUGCAGGUGGCACAGCUGGUGUAGAUCUCCCUCGGCGGGUUUCUCCUCCCCAGCAGUCCCAGUCUGACGGGGCUCUGUGCACUGUGACGGGCCGCCGACUGUCCCGGGUCAGCAUUGGGGCUGAGCGCUACCCAGAGACCGUAGAGGCUCUGAUGGAGGUGGGCGGAUUAAGAGACAGGCACGACAGUCUGGAGGCCCGCGUGGGACAGCUGGAGGCGAACAAGGCUGACCAGACCCAGCUUCAACAUCUGCGUGAUCUUCUCAAUGCCAUGGAUGAGAGGCAGGUUCCUGACCAUGUGCCAGAGCAACUGAAUCAUCUGAGGACUCUUGUGGACAGCCUGCUAGCAGAUAAAGAGAAGGUGUCAGACGUGGAGAGUGUGUUGAUGGACAUGAGGACGGUGCAGGUGUGUGAGAGUUCAGAGUCUGCAGGACAGAGCCCAGGUUCAGCCAGCGGUCAGCACACACACUCCUCACAGAUAGAGCAGCUGAACCUGCAGACGGCUCACAUCAGGAUUGCAGUACUGAAGCUGGAUGAGAAAGUGCAGGAGCUGAUAAGGGAGAAGACGCAUGACAGAGCAGAAGAGAGACACAGUGAAGACAUACACAUACAAGAUCAGUUAAACAGCCUCAGGGCUAUGAUGGAGGAUGUGAGGUCCUCCUCGUCCUCUCUGCUCUCACCACGUGGACAGCAGGAGGCAGUAAGCUUCAGCAAAGCAGACGGACAGGAUCAGGCUCAGAGUUCAGGUCAGGGUCAGGGUCAACAGCAGACAGGAGGUCAGGGUCUGGAUCAGGAGGUCAGUCAGUUGUCCCAGUCUCACAACAAACCCGAGGACAAGACCACUCUCCUCACGAACCAGGGACACGAGGACAGGAACAAGAGCACUGAUCUGGUGAGUGAUUUAGAGGGAGCCAUACUGCAGCUGCAGUCCAAGUGUGAGAAACUCCACAGAGCAUCCAACCUCCUGAUGGAGGAACACAGCCAGAAACAAACACACAUCGACCGCCUGCUCAAGAUAGUGGAAGAACUGGAUGAAAAGAAAGCUGACAAGCAAGUGGUGGAAAUGGAGAUUGAAAUCAAAGCAGACAAGAGGGCUCUGGAGAGCAAGGUGAGCCGCAUGCAGUUCGACAGCAUGUCCGAGCAGCUCAAUAACAUGUUUCAGGAUCUGCUGAGGAAGAUCAGCGGUCAGGAGCAGGACUGGAACAAGGUGAUCGAGAAGAUCUCCACUGAGAUGGACUGCAAGUUGAACCGGACUGAGCUGGAUCCUCUGAAGAAUCAGCUCGAUGAGCGCUGGAGGACCAUUCAUAAGCAUCUGCAGACACCUCCCAUCCCCGAGCAGGACGACGCCGCUGGAUUCAGGAGACAACUAGUGGCCCGGUUUCACUGCAUCUCCUGUGAUCGUCCCGUGGAUAUGAUGACACCAGGACAGCACUUGGUGAGUCUGCCCUCGGCCCCAGGACUGCCCUCUCACAAGUCCAGCCGGCCCUACACCGUGUAUGAGCUGGAGCAGGUGCGACAGCACUGCAGGAGAGGCUCGGCGCAGGAUGAGCAUAGCCAUGUUUUAAUAUGCAGGCAGAUAGAUCCAGAACCCAGUCAGUGUCCCAAACCAAGGAGCCCAAAGCUCCCAAACAGCCAGGGUCUGCCAGAGAUUUCACGGACCCACUACCGGCCCAGCCUGGGUCCAGCAAAGAGGAGCAGCAGUCGGUCCAUGAGCAAGCAUGAGAGGAUCCCAGAAAUGGCCGAUUACAGUUACCUGUCCCGUAACUGUGGGGGCAGCCACACCCUCACCUACCCCAGCCGCCGCUACACCCGCCUUCAGCACAUCACCCAUCUGAUCCAGAGCGAAGAGGAGAGUCAGCCCGUGUCCUCUGCACCGCCCACACAGGCAGCAGAGGUGGACAUCUUAGGUUUGGAUGGACAGGUCUACAAGGGCCGAAUGAGCAGCAGAACAGUGAGGCUCUCCGAGACUAGAUUUCCCACUAUCUCUCCUCGAGAAGGCAACUGGAAGAGCAGAGACAAGGUCAGCCGUUCACAGUCCCAGAGGUCCAGUGGAGUGGACGCUGGCCGUCGAAGUCCUGCCAGGCCACAAAGUGCCAAGACUCACCGCAGCUGCUCAGCAUCCAGCGCCUCAAUGAAAGAUCGGCCCCAGUCCUCUAUGGACUGUCUGUCCCAAAACGUCCCGCUCCAGACCUCAUUCCAUGACACCACCACAGAGCUGAAAGAAGCACUGGAGCUCCACAGAGAGCUCAACCAAUCAGAAGAUGGGCCGGUGACAUCACUCUAGAGAUCCUCCAAUAGGAGCCGCUCCAUUGUCUGAAUGAAAUGUUUACAGCAGUGCUAUAUGUGAAACAGAAGGUUCCUCUGUAACAUUGAGAAUAUACAUCUAAGACUUAAUAAAUGUUUUUUGCAAUAGCGUCAGUCAUAUUAAAUAUGCAAAACAUUUUUUGUCAUCCAAUGUGAUUCUUAAUUCGCUUUUACAUUCGAAACUCCCUCGCAGUGUUGAUCUGAUGAAUUUGACCCAGUACUUGUUGUUCAAUUCAGUUCAAACCAGAACAAAGUAUCUGGAAUAGAUCCAUGUCUGUUUCACCUCAAAUCUACCUCUUACAACAUACAGCAAUUAUAUCUGUCAGAUUUAUUAUUCAGUUGAAGUAUUACAUUUAUUUCCUUUUUGAACCUUGCCUUACAGCAUCAUGUUAGAAUAGAAAAGGGUCUUGUCCAAACUGGUUUUAUAAAUUUAGAAGCAAGCUGAAAAUUAAUAAAGUAGUCAAACCUGUUCAUUAGAAGGGGGUGUCCCAAUACUUUUGGCAAAAUAGUGUAUGUUUCAGUUCUGUGAUAACACCAUGGUCAUCGUUACAGUGAGCUAUCGCACUGAAACUUACACAUGUAUAACGCUUCAGUUUACGAACACUCAUCAUAAGCAUAAUUGAGGUGUUGCCUUAAAGUGAUGUAAAUGUUGAUGUUUUUUUGGAGCGACUAGUGACUCAUUUCAUGACCUUGUGCAUUAAGCUUCAUUGUCACCCCAUUUCCAAUUUGGAUUUUGUCUUGAGAACAAUCUGAGGUCACAGAUACAAAGGUACUCGGUGUACAAUUUUACCAUGUGCAGACCACAAACAUCCUGUAGAGCAUCAUAGACGUCAUUUCCAAAUUACUGACACAGGGUUUCAUAGAAAGAAAAAAACAAAUCACAUAUGGUUGACAAGGUAAAAAUAUUGUAAUUGACCAAUGUUAUUAUUCUGAUGUAAAAUGGUAAUAUAUGAUAAAAAUCUAAUAAUGGUAAUAUUAUAUACACCAUGUUACUGUACACCAUGAAACUCAUUUUGUAAAGGCCUGUAAAUGCAAAAAAUGAUAGGUUUAUGCAGAAAUGUCAAUCUUGCCAUUAUUCCAAUGCAAUUCCAAUCCAAAAUUGCUUCUUUCGUGGAGAAUAAAUAAUAUAUUUAAUUUAACAAAGAUAUUAAGUGCAAAAUGUCAAAACUGGUUUGUGUUACACAAAGUGAAUGUGGGGCGGAUACUGGGCACUGUCAACAACAAUAAAUAAUAUAAAAUAAACCAUCAAAAAGUCUUCUGAAGUCAUCAGUCGAAAGUUGUAUCUCUCAAAUCUCAUUUACUUUUUUGUGUAAUUCCUGUUAACCAAUAAUGUGAGAUGCAUAAAUUGUUUAUUAAACCAUUUUGUUUAAGUUCUUUAACAGAGAAUGGAUUUACAAACCAUUUCCAAAUUCUGUUUCCGCUUGCGUUGAAGUUACACAUAUUUCGUCCCCAUGGAAUUAUAAGGUUCUAUCUGACAUUUUUGUCAAAAUUGAGUUAUUCACAUAUUCUUAUUCUGUGUCAAUUUAUUUACAUUAUGUGAUGUUUUAUUUUAAGUUUUGUAC